CCCUCUCUCGGCUCCUCAGCGGAUGAUGUGAGGAAGUGACAUUUUUUCACCGCUGCGGGUCGGGACAGCACUGCUCCUCCUCUGCAAACAGGUGUGCUGCUGUCCGGGUCACUUCUGCUGCCGGGGAACCACCGGGAGGCUGCGCCGUCCCCCACCACCACCCACCAAGCCUCCAGGACGCGGGACAGAGCGGGGACCGGAGGAGGACACAGAAAACCGACCCGUUCAAGUGCGUUUCUUUAUUAGCCAGGGCUGUUAGAACGGGCUCUCUCUCACACACUCACACACACACACAGAAAGAGAGAGAGAGCGAGAGAGAGAGAGAGAGGGGGAGCGAUGGCAACGAAAAAGGCGUGCGUGGAUGCGCCCAAGAGGAGCCGGAGUCCGGUCGUGCUGGAGGCGGAGAUGUUCGGUGAAUUUCAGGACUGGUGUCUCCGGACUUAUGGGGACUCCGGUAAAACAAAGACCGUCACCCGGCGAAAAUACAACAAAAUCAUGCAGACACUGUUGCAGAGCGACGAGUCGGACGGCGUGUACGUCGACAACAGCCACAUCAACGCCAAAUUCAAAUUUUGGGUGAAGUCGAAAGGAUUUCAGGUCGGGACCAACGUCCUGGGAGAGCACAACAAGAAAGGGGCGCCCGGGAAACCCGUCCUAUACGUGCCGGUCAAGUCAACGUGUUCGGAUGGUAAUUCAGCCCAAGACAACUCCUCCCUGAAGCGUGUGGCUGUGGUUGAAGACUUCUUUGACAUCAUCUAUGCCAUGCAUGUGGAGAUGGGUGCUGACCCUGGCCGAGCACCCAAGCACGCGGGCCAGAAGAAGACGUACAAAGCGAUCGCAGAGACCUACGCCUUCCUGCCCAGAGAGGCGGUGACUCGGUUCCUAAUGAGCUGUGGAGAGUGUCAGAAGAGGAUGCACAUCAACCCCAGCACUGCAGAGUUCAAAGAAAAUGACAGACCUGCCUCCCUGGUCCCGGACCUCAUUGAUUACAACAUGCCGCUUACUGCCACCUACCUGAAACAAAUGAAACUGCAGUGCAUGACUGCCAAUGAAAGGGACGACAGCUCGGUGAGCAGCGAGGACAUGAACGGCAUUGAGCCCACAUGGGUCGCAGCGGAGCAGCCCCCAGUGCCUGAGCCCAGUCCACCCAACGGGGAGCGAGUCAGCAACCCUGCAGCCGCCAUUAAAGAGGAGGAUGAUGACGACUCCUCGGAGAGCGGCAGUGCCAACGGGCCGCCGGCCCUGACCUCCCCGGAGGUGCUGGCUGCGGGUGGGAACCCCCCAGAUGGUGGGGCCCCUUAUGGGGAGGUGACGGAGAACGGUCUGAGCGCUCCCCUGGACUUCAGCACCACCUCGUCCUCGUCCUCCUCAGAGGAUCAGCAGCCGGUCAAUCUGAGCGACAGCCUGCUGCCCGUGGGGUGCUCGCCGACAGACCCCACCAGGAAGUACCCCGUCAAAACAGAGUACACCAACAAGUCUCCUCCGUACAGCUCAGGAAGCUAUGACUCUGUGAAAACUGAACUGAGCAUGAGCGCCGAGGACUUGACCUCCGGCCGGGCGCAGAUAAUCGAUGACGACGACGAUGAUCACGAUGACCACGAUGACAGCGACAAGAUUAAUGAUGCUGAGGGGAUGGACCCCGAGAGACUUAAAGCCUUCAAUAUGUUUGUGCGUCUGUUCGUGGAUGAGAAUCUGGACCGCAUGGUGCCCAUCUCCAAACAGCCCAAGGAGAAGAUCCAGGCCAUCAUCGAGUCCUGUAGCCGACAGUUCCCGGAGUUCCAGGAGCGCUCCCGCAAGCGCAUCCGCACCUACCUCAAAUCCUGUCGCCGAAUGAAAAAAGGCGGUUUUGAGAUCCGACCAACACCUCCUCACCUCACCUCUGCCAUGGCCGAGAACAUCCUCGCUGCCGCCUGUGACAGCGAAACCCGAAAUGCUGCCAAGAGGAUGCGGCUCGACGUCUACCAGUCGUCGGAUGAGCCAGCCUCCGGGGACAAGUCCAACUCGAGGGACGCGGCCCCGACAGCAUUUUCCAUUUCCAGUGCAGCUUUCGCCCAGGAGCAGCUCUACACCAACGGAGGCCUGAACUACAACCUGCGAGGAUACGGGACGGUCGGCAGCAACCAGCAGAACUCUGGAGCUGCACAGACCAAUGGUCCCACAGAUCUGAGUAUGAAGUCCGUCGGCCCAAACUCUUCCUCCAGCUCCAACAGUCACGGUCAGGGUGGCGGCGGGGGCGGAGCCUCGGCCCAGCUCAGCCCCCCCGAGGUCACGGCGGUGAGGCAGCUCAUCGCCGGGUACCGGGAGUCCGCGGCCUUCCUCCUCCGCUCGGCAGAUGAGCUGGAAAGCCUGAUUCUGCAGCAGAACUGAGUAAUGAGCCAAACCGUGCCAAGACCCCCCCCCCCCUCGCCUGUCCAUCUCCGCCGCGCUGGGUCUCACAUGUUUGGGCAGACUUUCAUAUACAAAGACACAAAUGUAGACGAGUGAUGCCGCAGCACACGGUGGGUCCCGUAGGUCCGGCACCUUCACUUCUCUCCCACGCGUCUCUGUAUCUGGACAGGCCGGAACAUAUCACAGGCUGAAAAAUGUUUAUUUAUGCAUUUGGUUCACCUUGACCUUAGUGCCCUCUUAUCUGUAGCCAUCCAUCCCAUUCAGUUCCUUUUACCACCUCAACCUCCAUUUGUCUCAGGAAGCGAUGAUCUAUGUGAAAAAAAAAAUGACAAAAAAUCUUUGUUGGUACACAGUGAGUACCAGAGGUGUUAACUUAGCUGUGACCAUGACGCCACAUUGGCUCGUUUGUGUAGAUUCUUCUGAAAUGAAUAGUUAAAUAUCAGUGAGUUAGUGUCUGUACUUUGUCUCUAUUUUUACACGGAAGUAACAUAUGCUGUGCAGUGGCAUGAUUUGAUCGGGUCGAGUCUUUUUUCUUAACGAUAGCAACACAAAUUCAUCUUUGUUUCAUGGGGGGAAAAUUAUGGAGCAUCGCUUGGUUGAAGUCCGUAGAUUAAUCGCUGCUAAAUCCACUGACCUGUGAACCUCAACCGCUUCUGUACGACGUGCAAAAAAAAAACUAAAAAAGGAAAGAAACGAAAGAACCUGAAAGUUUCGAGUGGUUCGGUGGAAUCUUUACCUCGGCCCUGCUCGUGGUCAGUGAGAGGCAAAGACUCAUCACCCCACGUGACUCGAUUUGCAGUGAUUUUAUGAUAAAUAUUUCUAUGGCAGACAAUUUCUCUGAGCUCAACAGGCAGGAGGCCUUUGAGACGCCUUGGUAUGCAAAUUGAGGUCACAGACACCUGUCAGGGACAAAGAGGAGAAUGAACAUAUCGUUUAGACUCUUGGUUUAUAACCAGUGCUUCGGGAAAAAGUGGAGAAAGGUGCAAUAUUGAGGGUUAAUCAGUAAUAGUGUGCUUACUGGAAAGACUGUCAGAGUCGCUGAGGGGAGAACUCCACCACAGCUCCCCCCCCACCCUGCCCGCUGCAACUGUCACGCUGUUAAAAGAAAAGAGAAACGGUUUCCCAUGCAGCAUUGUAGCCUCUUUCAAUGUUGUUGUGUGUCGUGAAACGCCGAUUGUUUAUCUCCGACCUCGUUACUGAGGCACUUUCAUGUGUCCGGAUCAAUCCUCCGUAGAAGUGAUGAAAAGGAAAACGGGACCUGGCAGAAAAAUUAGACUUGAUGUUGCACGUCUGUUUUUAUUUAUUUGUUUUACUUUCAAGUGAUUCGGGUUGGGG